UCCUUGUUUCAGUUCGGUCUAUGUCUACAUCUGACAGUAUCGUCUGUAUAAGCUGCAAUAUUGUCAAAUAUAUGAAAUUUUAUUACUUAAGGUGAAUACAAAUGGAUUCUAGGUGCCUUUUGCAGUUGUUUGUUGUUUGUUUUUACGUUUGUGGUAUCUUGGCCACUACGACGACUGGUAACGUAACUACCAAGCCGCCUGCUAUCACAACCACCCCGCCGACCAAUACAACUACGUCACAUGCUAUCAUUACAACGACAGCGUCUGCAAGCGUAACCACGACGUCACAUGCUAAGGAAACCACGACGUCACAUGCUAACAUAACCACGACGUCGCCUGCUAACACAACUACUACGUCUGCUAAAACAACUACACGACCGACCAACAAAACCACAACACCUGCUAACACAACUACUACGCCAGCAAAAACAACCACACGGCCGACCAACAAAACCACAACGCCUGCUAACAUAACGACGCCACAUUCUAACACCACUACCACGACCACCACCACUGUUACGACCACCCCAGCUAACGCAACCACCAAACAUCCGAAUUCCACGACGAAGAUAACAACGACUUCAAAACCGCAACCAUCUGGCAGGCACCACCGCCAUCUCGAUGUGAUAUCUUUUGUUGGAGGGAUUAUACUGGGAUUCGGCGUAGCGCUUAUCAUUGGACUUAUUAUCUACUGCUGUCACAAGAGGAGACUUAGAGGAUACCAGUCCAUUUAACUUCCUGUUUGUUUGAUGCUUUUUGUGCCUAUCCUAUAGAGAAAUCUAUAUCUUGUAUGAAUCUCAAAUGGAGGAAUUGCAUCUAACACAUAACCUGACCAUGCCUGCAUAUAUUACUAAUACACAAAUUAAUUGAAUGGAUAAUGCACCAGUCAAUUGUAACCAUGCCGUGUUUUUACCUUCCAUGUUGCCCCGCAGUGCCGAUUGAAUGCGGUGGUUUUGUCUUCGCGCCAAAAAUAGCGGGGCCGUACCUAGGUAUCCCGAGGAGCAGGGGCAUUUGGCAGGGAUUUUACCAUCAUUUUGUCCCCGCAGGACGGGGAUUUUACCCGGGAUUGGCUGAACCGAAAGUUAAAGUCCCCACUAUUCACCGGACCUGUGGGGGGGGGGGGUGCGUGGUUACAAUUGACUGGUGCAUCAGGAGUGUUUAUUUCAUAAUUUGAUUCAUCCUUUUUGACGUUAGAUAUAUUUGUAAAAUCAUGAUACUCAUUUGUUACGGUACAUUACCAUACAAAAGUAAGCAAAGUUUUGUUUGUACUAUUAUAAUAUAUCAUCCCUAUUGUUUAAGGGCAAUCACACCAAACGAUUAUUGAUUAAAGUGAUACUCGUA